AUGCGCGAACCAUCCGAGAAGGUUACGGUGUACGGAGCCGCAGCAGUGGAACUGAUCAUAAAGCUCCGUUCGCUCAGCCGGUGAGCAGGCACCAUGCUUGCUCUAAAGUUUCUGAGAGCUCAACGUGGGCUCAGCUUGACGCGAAGCUUCCCCCGAUCGAGUAUCCGACUAUGUCACGAGAACUCGAAGGUACCGGAAGAAGAGAGAGUGAAAUUACAUGUGUACGAAGGCGCCCUCAGAGGGAAACUGAGAUGGGUGAGAAUAUUCUCCUGGACAACUACGAGCGUCUUCAUCGCUGUGCAACCUGCUCUCAUCUCAAAAAUGAUGGCUGACGGAGUCAGCCCCGCGGGAUUCGCCUUGACAGCUGGCUUCGUGACACUUGGUAUCUGCACGCCGCUACUCCUACACAGUUUUGCCAGGCCCUACGUGCUCGCGCUGAGAUUCGAGCCGCACACGAAAAUAUUCGAGUGUGAUACGUACGAUGUCUUCGGAAGAACGAGAACGAUGACAUUCACGCAGAGCGACGUGACGUUCCCGGAGUUGCAAGGCCCGCUAUCAAACUUGAAAAUAAAGAACAAAAGCUACCUCAUCGACUUCAACCAAAUUCAGGAUGCUGAUGCUUACGAUUGUAUACUGAAAUACGAUAAGCCGAUCGACCUGAAGCUGAAAGUCGAUACGAGAGGUGACAAGAGUUAGCAAUGUACAAUGUGGAUGAAGCUAGAUGUGCAUUCUAUGGAGAAACUUCGAAAUAAAAAAUAGGGAGCCUUGGAAAAA